UGGGGUGAGACUGAGAUUGAGAGUGAGAAGAAAACAAAGGUUGGUUUGUUGGAAAAAGUAAAGGAAGAGAGAACGGGUGGGGGCUCCGGCCUCUAGCAUUUGCCUUCAUCUGUUCUUAUUUAUAAUAUAUAUAUAUAUAUAUAUAUAUAUUUUCUUAUUCUUACAGCUAAGAGGGAGGGAGAAGAGAUCGGGAGAGAGGGAGGAGCAGUGUCUGUACGCUCUAUCCAGUGCUCUACUAUCUGCGAGUGCAAGAGCGAGGCAAUCAAAGAAAAAACAGUUGGAAACCUUUUUUUACUGCAGGAGAAAUGCUUCCGCUUUCGUUACUGAAGACUGCUCAAGGUCACCCUAUGUUGGUGGAACUGAAAAAUGGGGAGACAUACAAUGGCCACUUGGUUAACUGUGACACUUGGAUGAACAUCCAUCUUCGUGAAGUUAUAUGUACCUCAAAGGAUGGAGAUAGGUUUUGGCGAAUGCCAGAGUGCUACAUCAGGGGGAAUACAAUUAAGUAUCUUAGAGUGCCAGAUGAGGUAAUUGAUAAAGUUCAAGAGGAGACAAAGAGCCGUUCUGAUAGAAAGCCACCUGGAGUAGGGCGUGGAAGAGGAAGAGGUAGAGAGGAUGGCUCAAAAGCAAAAGGUGUAGGCCGUGGCAUGGAGGAAGGAGGUGCCAGAGGCGGAGGGCGAGGCAGGGGUGGACCUGGAGGAAGAGCUAGUGGAAAUAGAGGUGGGGGCCGAGGCAGGUAAAGCUGUGGAGCGGCAGACCAGAUCCCUGGAGUCUGUAAAGUGGUCUUCUAUUUUUUGUCCUAAGACCACUAGCAUCUGUUCUUUAUGAGGCAUUGCAUUGACUGGAGUGUUUCCCAGCUUUUUGGAAUACAUUUCCGUGUGGCUGUUGUUAACACGCAGUUGUCUGAUUACAUGCUAGGUAGAGUAAUCUGCCUUGCAGCAAUUUUUCUUAACAUUAUUGGAGUUGGUUUGCAAUUUUUCUGAUAGCAUUGUU